GAAUUUCUUCGAGUGCAAGGCUUCCCAGUGACACUGUUCCACACGGACCCCAUUUAUAUCCCUAUGUUCAUCAACCGCAUGAUCUCCCUCCCCACUUGGUGAUGCCUGCACAGCCCAUGCCCGGGCCUCCACAGGCCCUCCAACAGUUAGCUCAGCACCACCACCCAUAUGGUUCUCCUUUGCACAGAUCGGAAACGGGAGCCAUGUUGGCGACAACAGCAUCGACUGCUGUGGGGCUUCCUGGGCUUGCAGCACGUCUAGAUCCUUCCUCAGCAGCAGCAGCAGCGUACGUCCGGGGACCCGGUCCAGCCAUUGCUCCUCCGCCAGUCGUGUGUGCAGGCCCGACAGCAGGAUACCCCUUGGGAGCAGCCGCAUGUGGGCCGUCUCUUCCCACUGGGCCGGGCUACGGACAAGUGUUCAGUUUUCCGCAGCCACCAGGAGGUACCUUGCGACAGCCCUGGGAGAGCUUAUCGAGUCCCGGAACAGCUGGAAGGGCAGCGGCCGGCAUCCAUUAUCGACCGAGCCCUGCCACAGGGGUCAAUCCUGUCAUCCCCCCAGUGUAUCAUACGUCGACACCCCAUAAUCACCCUUCGAACCCGCCUGCUCACCAUCUUCAAGUUGGGCUGGGUGGGCUCUUCACCGCCACCCCAGGAGCUGGGCCCAGUGCGCCUGCUGGGGGCAUUGGCAGCUGUCUACCUUCGCCAUCCAGAACCACUCUUGGGGCCUCCCCAAUAAUCGGGUCAGCAUCGUCAACGUCUCUCCCUGGUAUGCAUGGAAUAAUGCUGGGGCACCAGAGCACACAGCUACCCAUUGGUGGCAUGCACCCUGGACCAAGCUGGCUGACAGACACAACAACUAUAGGAGGAGGAGGAGGAGGAGGAGGGUCGCCGUGGCACGAGCUUGGAGGCGAAUGGAAAAGAUGGACGGAAGCAGGAGGCUCCCCGGGAGAGACAUUUGGCAGUGGCAGCCAAAGUCGAAGUCCAAGCGGAGGAAGUGGGACCUUGACGGGUGGGUGCAGUGGAAGCACGGGGACAACUCAUAAGAGGGACCAGUGGUUGUAACACAUUGAAGGAUUGGCAACGGUAGUAGCUUUGACACAGUGACAAUGUAUUCUAUUAUGGGGAGAACCAUUAUUGUUGUUGUUGUUGUUGAGAUGCCCACAUGCCAACAGUGUUAUCAUGGGGGGGAAGAUGUGGUGGAAAAUUAUUUGUUUCAAUCCAUUGUGCAGAACUUCAGUGAAAUGAGAGCAAAGAGCAUUGUGCUUCAAUCAUGAG